AUGCGUCUGAUUAAAGCGACAACGUGCAAAGAAGCCAUUCAAAGAUGGGAGGAAAAAACAGGACUGGUCGCGAGCGAACAAAAGGAGAUAAUUUUAUCCUUUCAGUGGCCUCCAAUCGAGAGAAUGGAUAACAGUUUAGCAGCGUUAAUCAAUGUCGAGUUCGUUUUCCUUUGACAUAUUAAAAAUAACCAUUUAUUAAAAUCCUAUAUAAUUAAAUUAUUUCUCUAAAAUAUUCCCAGAAAAUUAUCUUUAUCGACAAAUGUAAUAGAAAAGAUCAGCGGUAUUAAUUCUUUGAAAUAUCUGAGGAUCUUAUCUCUGAGCAGAAACAAUAUUAAAACGUUCUCGGGGUUAGAAGCAGUUGGGGAUCAUUUGGAGGAAUUAUGGAUAUCUUAUAACUUGAUUGAAAAGAUCAAAGGUGUCAGUGCUCUCAAAACGCUCAAGGUCUUAUAUAUGGGCAACAAUUUGGUGAAAGAUUGGGCGGAAUUUAACCGACUGCAAGAAAUACCUAAUCUUCAAGAAUUGUUAUUCAUUAACAAUCCUCUAUGCGAGAACAUGGACGCGGAAUCGUGGCGUGCGCAAGUCAUAAGGCGGCUACCUAUGUUGAGGAAACUUGACGCGAUACCGAUUGUGUAUACUAUACGUUCUCUAAUAUAUUUUUUAAAUUUAUAGCUACGCUACUUUAAGUGAGUUACUUAACGAAAAAUUUUCUCCCCUUUUCUAGACGCGCAAACGAAGAUUAAACUAUUAAAAGACUAUUAAAACCAGAUUAUUUCAACGUCGGAUUUGCGUAUUAAAAUAUAAAAUUUAUAUUCACAAGAUAAGAGUAUUUCAACAAUACAAUUGUUACGAAAACAACGAUUUGUUAUUUCAACAAUAAAAGUGAUACAAAAACAAUGAUCUAGAAUGUUUUGUUAAUUAUAGC